AUGGCCCCUGAGAAGCAGGCGAGGAGACGCCGCGGCCAUGCCACCAGCCCUUCUCCUGCCUCUGCUCCCGUCAGGCUGCCCAGCGCUGAAACCUGUCACACACGGCUGGCCCCGGGGGCUCGGGGAAGCUUACGGCGCGAGGACGCCCCUCAGCCCCCGCUCCCAAGGCAGGGGCGCCCUGCGAGAGGCAGCAGCGCCCGGUGGGCGCGGGUCUCCAGCCGCGGGCACUGCCUCGGCUGCGAGGGGGAAGACACCGUACAGCCCCCCUCCGCAGGAAUCCGCCAUGUUAGGGCGGCCGCCGAGCCCCCGCUGCCCGCCGAGCCGGCGGCCCCGCCGCCCUUCUGCGUCCCAAGGACUGCGGGAGAAGGGGACCGGCGGCACCGCCGCAGCGUUCACCCCGGUGUCCGGCCUCUGCUCCCGCCCCGUCACCGCUCGCACGCAGCGCUGUCCGCCAUGUUAGCGCGGCGGCCGUUGACCCUCCGCCCGCCGCCGCCGCCACCCUCCCGGGUGCGGGGGUCCCGCUGCCCGCCCGCUCGGCCCCCGCACUGCGGCCCCGCACCGCCCGGCGCGCCGGGGGACAGGGGGAGCUCCGGCUCUGACUCAUUCCGCCGCUCUCCAUCUGCGGCUGCCGGUGGCAGCCGGUCUCGCCCUACGCCGCCGGGCGGAGAAAGGGCAGCGGGAGGAACCGGCCCCAUCCCCAAACCUCCUCGGCCGUCACCGCCACGGUACUGCCCGCCGGCUGCCCCUCCGCCCUUUCCGGCCACCACGACCACCGCUCCCCGUCCCUCCCUGCACUGCCCCGAGCCUCAGGCCCCAGGCAGAGGGAAACCCCUAACACUACCGCCCGCCGCCGGUGACCACGGACGCUCCGGCCCGGUUCGGAGCUUGGGGUGGGCGUCGGCACUGCUUCCCUCCCUCACUCCCACCACCUCCCCCACGGGCGGCGAGAGACCCAGGACUCCCGCUCCGGUACUCACGUGAGAUAACGGCCCGAAAGAUUUGUUCCAGGUGCAAUGGAUCAUCACUAAUACCUGAAGGGUCAGCUGGAGACCAAAGGUUAUGCCUCUGUGGAAUUUAUAAUUUCUCAUUGCAAAUAUCUUGGAAUUGGAGAAGUGGCAUGGAAUUCCCCUGCAUGGAUAAACAGGAGGCACUGGUUCCCAGAAGAGUGAACUGGUCAGCAGCAAUAAAUCAACUUUAAAACACAACAUCUAAACACUAAAGCAGGAUGAAGUGGUCUGUGUACCAUGCAAGGAGGUUAAAAGUAUGCAUAUCAUGUGCUGUGACUGAUGGUUACUGAAUGGGGAGAUUCUUCUUAUUAACUUUUUUUGGAAUGAAUACUCUCUCUGUUGUCAUUGGUUGCAUUUGCAAGAAGUUUUUGUUCCCAAAUGUUUAUUCUCAGCCCUGUACUUCUUGUAUAAGUAGUCUUCCUCAAAUGUGACCUUAGCUUUAUGCAA